CGGGAGUUUCGCAGAAGGGGGAGCGCGCGCGGCUCGGCGCGCGGGGCAGGGCAGGGCGCGCGGCGGCGGCGGCGCGAGGCCGGGGCACGGGCAGAGCGCGGCGCCGAUCGCGCACCAGCCCAGCCGCGCCCCAGCCCGGCCCGGCCGCAGCGGGACCGCCGGGGGCUGCGGGGCGGCGGCAGGAGGCAGCAGCGCCCGCCGGGGGCCCCGCGGGCUCCGCCUUGCAGCGCGGCGGAGAGCUCGGCUCCGCUCGGCUCGCAGCAGGGGCAAGGUGCGGCGGCGGCGGCAGCGGUGGGAGGGGGCGGCGGAGCGGCUUUGUUGGCUCGGAGGGGAGCGGCGCGGCGGGAAGGAGCGGCGCUUCGGCAAGACCGCACCAUGGUGCAGCAAGCGGAAAGUACGGAGGCGGAGAGCAACCUGCCCCGGGAAGCGAUGGACACAGAAGAGGGCGAGUUCAUGGCUUGCAGCCCGGUCGCGUUGGACGAGAGCGAUCCGGACUGGUGCAAAACGGCGUCGGGGCACAUAAAGAGACCGAUGAACGCGUUCAUGGUGUGGUCUAAGAUCGAGAGGAGAAAAAUCAUGGAGCAGUCCCCAGACAUGCACAACGCGGAGAUCUCCAAGCGCCUGGGCAAGCGGUGGAAAAUGCUGAAGGACAGCGAGAAGAUCCCGUUCAUCCGGGAGGCGGAGAGGCUGCGGCUCAAGCACAUGGCCGAUUACCCCGACUACAAGUACCGGCCCAGGAAAAAGCCCAAAAUGGACCCGUCGGCCAAGCCCAACGCCAGCCAAAGUCCGGAGAAAAACGCACCCACCAGCAGCGGCGGCAGCAAAAGCGCCAAGAGCUCCAGCAAGAAGUGUAGCAAGCUGAAAGCCUCCUCCGCCUCCUCGCCCCCCAAGCCGGGAGCCAAAGCCGCCCACCACGGGGACUACGCGGGCGACGAGUACGUCUUCGGCACCCUGAAAGUGAGCAGCAAGACGGUCAAGUGCGUCUUCAUGGACGAGGAGGAGGAUGAGGAGGAGGACGAGGACGAGCUGCAGCUGCGGAUCAAGCAGGAGGCGGAGGAGGAGGAGGACGACGAGGAGCCGGGGCCGCAGCAGCUGCGGCGGUACAACGUGGCCAAAGUGCCGGCGAGUCCCACCUUGAGCUCCUCGGCGGAGUCCACCGAGGGGGCGAGCCUCUACGAGGAGGUGCGGGGCGGCGCCGCGGCGGCGGGCGGCGGCAGCAGACUCUACUACAGCUUCAAGAACAUCACCAAGCAGGGCCCGCCGCCGCCGCAGCAGCAGCCGCCCGGCCUCUCCCCGGCCUCCUCCCGCUCCAUCUCCACCUCGUCGGCCGGCAGCGAGGAGGCGGACGACCUGCUCUUCGACCUCAGCCUCAACUUCUCCCAGCACGGCCACGCCGCCGCCGAGCUGGGGGCGGGCGCCGCCGCCGGCAACCUCUCCCUCUCCCUGGUGGACAAGGACCUGGACUCCUUCAGCGAGGGCAGCCUCGGCUCCCACUUCGAGUUCCCCGACUACUGCACCCCGGAGCUGAGCGAGAUGAUCGCCGGCGACUGGCUGGAGGCGAACUUCUCCGACCUGGUGUUCACGUACUGAGCGGGGGCGGCGGCGGCGGCGAGGGCGGGCGGCCAGGCAGCGGCGGAGCUGGAGCGAGCGACGCCGGUGAUGAUGAUGCUGAUGAUGAUGCUGAUUAAAAAAAAAAAAAGUCUUGUUUUCUUUAAAAAAAAAAAAAAAAUCUCGAAGUUAGUUCCGAGCCCGGGAGUUGUGAUUUUAAUUUUUUAUUAUUAUUUUUGUGUUUUUGUUUUUUUUUUUUAAUUUUUAUUGCAUUUGGUGAUCACAACAACAACAGCAAAGGCAAAUGGGACUGGGGGAAAAAAAAAUGAUACAGAAGGCGCUGUUUGAAGCUUGUCGGUCUCUGAUUGAAGUCUGGAAGAUGGUCUGCAAAGAAGUCUUUUGGCAGCACAACUGUUACUCAAGGGGGUUUGUGGAUUUUUUUUUUUUUUCCCGUGAGAGAUCUUAAAAGAACUGUUCUGAUUUUUUUAUUAUAAUUUUUUUUUUCCGAAAGGGACCAUUGCAACUUUUUUUGGAGGGAGAAAACUGAUGUCUUCUAUGCAUCCGAUUCUUAACAAAGCUGCAGGGAGCUUGAAAAAAUGCAGACUGUACAAACGCUUACAAAUAACUGAACUGACUUAAGAUCAGAGUUUACUUUUCAGAUCAAAUUGUUUAUGGUUUUACAAAUGUGAUUUCUACUUGCCAACUUUUUUUUUGUAACUUGUUCCCUUAUACCUCCUUGAUUGAAUACCAGACAGCCUAGACCUCAGUACAAAAAGGUAUUGAAACAUUUUUGAUACAUAACAGACCUCAGUCUUUUUUAAAAAUUAAUAUAUUUUCAGGCGUAUUUUUGUACAGUGAAAAGGGAACAUUCUUGCUGUGUUUUUUCAGUAAGACUUUUCAGGCACUUCUUCCCUUUUAUUUUCUUUUUUUUUUCUGUUUUUAGCAUGCAAGUUUGUUGGUACGUUACGUCCUGGUUUUAAAAGGAUUAAAAUUUUAAAAAAAAUAAUCCUUGCAUCUAAAGGCCUUGUGGUUUUAAAAAAAAAAAAAGGAACAAACACUUUUUUUGUACAGCUAUAGUUCAGAUUUGUUCAAUAUUUGUAGGUAAAGAUUUAUUGAAAAUGGUGAUAUAGACCUCAGAGCUGUUAUCUUAGUUUAAAAGAUUGUAUAUGUACUGUACUAUAGUAGGACUUUAUGUAUCUCAUACGCUGUGAUAUGUGGAUGGGGCCCCAGAUGGAAGGUAUGAAACUGGAUUCUCGAUUUUAGCAAAAAAAAAAAGAAAAAAAAAAAGAAAAAAGGCACAUAGUUAAAAAAGUUUCUCAUGUUGUGCAAUAUAAUCUAAAGUACAGACCAUCUGCAUAUUUUGUAGCAAAUGAUGGCAAAAGCAGACUUGUGCACUGUCAACAUCAUAGCCUGUUUUUUUUUUUUUAAAUGCUGAAAGUCUGUAUCUUGACAAUUUUAAUAAAUCAGCUGGAACUGAUAGAAACUCGUAUCGCUAUUAGUGUCUGUAGAAGUAACGCUGGAGAUGCCAUGUUGUCACCCCUCGCCCGCGGAGGAGCGGUAGCUGUAGGCUGUUGUGCAUGACCGGAGCUAGGGGGGAAGGAGAGUGAGGAAUGCUUCUUUUUUUUUUUUUCCCUUUUUCCUUCUUUUUUUCAGCCCCCGCCCGCCCUUUUCGCCCCCUCGGCGGUGCCGCGGCGCGGGGCCCCGGCGGGCGCCGCCACCGGCGGCCGGGGCCGGGGCUCGCUGGCUGCGGGCCGGGCCGGGCCGGGCCGGGCCGGGCGGCAGGUUGGCUCGCCCCGCCGAGUUUCGGCUCUCCCGCGUUCCCGCGAAGCCGGCGGCGAACGCUCCCGGCCCCCCGCAUCCCGUGGCCAGGGAGGUGGGCUCCGGGGGGGUGUGUGGGGGGGCGCCCGCUCCCGCCGCCGCGGGGGACGCGGCUCCCCCGUCCUUCCCCCCCCCCCCCUCCCCCGGCUGCUGUUUUUUCCUCCCCUCCGCCCUUUUUGGACGAGCAGCCCCGGGGCGGAGAUGCUCGGGGUAGCGGUGCCGCAUCCCCCCCGCCCCGGGGCAGCGCUCGGCCCGGCGGGGCGGCUGCGGCCCCGCUCCGGAGAGCCGCCCCGGGCGGGGGCGUGGGAAGGAGCGGGCCGGGAGGGGGGGUACGAGCUUCUGCUGUAGGUGAGCAGACUUUGUCAGUGUGCGUUUUUUUUUUUUUUUUUUUUUUUAAACCUUAGGAGCCAUCAGAUUUCAGUUGCACGCUCUGAGAACUGCUGAUGGCAAUGAACAGACUCGCAAGGUGGAAGUUUGUUUCUCAAGAAGUUUACUUUUUAUCUGCUAGGCAUUGGUAAAUUAUUUUUUUUUUUUCUCCACUAAUUAAUGAUCCAGCUGUUUACAGGGACAAUUCACUGUGCUGGUAUUUUGGUGGCAACCACUGCUACAGGCUUUCAGACUUGCUGAAAUGAAAAUCCUGCAUACACAUUUGUAAGGCAUAAUAAAACAUAACAUUAAAACCUGCAUGCAUGUUAUGUUUAAUCAAAGACAACUCUUAGGCAUUUAAGUGGUGAGAUAUCUUACUUUAGGUUAGUUAAACUGGUAGUAAAAUGAUUAAUAUAAUCUGAUCUCUUUCUAAUAAUAAUAAUAAUAAUAAAACACUCAUGAUUCUAAAUAAAAGUUGUUUGGCCUAAAUCUUUGCUAUCAGAAAAGAGAUAUAGCAUAUCUGGGAACUCAAAUUUAUGUCUUGCAUUGUGAUAAUUCUUUAUGAGAAACUGUGUUUUAAAACAAACUUAAUUACAAUAUACAAGAUAUCCUUGGCAAUGGAUAGUCCUCAAUAAAACAGAGUUUCUUGAAUUUUCAGUUUUUGGUCUCAAAUGAUUAGUGUGUUCUCCAUGUAAUAACUUAGAAAUCAGAUUGAAAACAAAUGACAUUUAUCUCUUCUAAGGCAAAAGAGUGAAAGAAAAUAGAUACACUGAAGUGCUCUAGCCUAGCCAUUCACUACCCUGCUAUCAAAAAGCUGUUUUUGGGCUAGGGUGAUGGAGUAAGUUGAUCAGGUUCUAAGUCUUAUAACUGAGCCAAAAUUCUCUUAGUAAUUCUUCACGCUAUCAUGAGAGUAUGGGGGCUUGUUCUUCCAGUCCCUUUCUCCUGAUAUGCAUCCUUGCUUAUUAAAGUGAUAUUAGGCAGUGUCAUUAAACAUUUGUGCUUUACAGAUGUUCAGUGAGUUAUGAAUGAUUAUGGUCAAAUAUGGGCUGCAUUUAGUUUGCUUUGUAAUAAGGUCUGUGUCUCAGCCUACAAAAGUUUUGACUUGGGUGUAUUUUUGGAAGAUGUUUUUAAAAUUACCAUUUAAAAUACUAGUCAAGGAUAACUGAUUUAAAGGAUCCAAGUGUAGAGCAGUCAGGCAUUUUAAAAGAGCAACAGGUCUACUUUAGUCAAGGAAUAUAAUACCCACUCAGAAGUAUCUCUUCUUUCUUCUAGAUGGGAAUUAUACAAUACUAUAUCAGAGGAAUAUUUUAAGUGAAGGUAUAUGGUGCAGGGAGACAGUUUUUGUCCAGGCAGUUGAGUUUCUUUUAUUUCAGAGUUUAUUGUUGCAUAUUGCUCAAGGAAAAAUUAGGUAGUGUUCUGUUUAAGCCACUACACUGUUAGGGCUGAAGUUUGAUGCUGUUGAAUGCCUAAGCUCCUGCUGAUCUCCGUGAGAGUAGAAAAAAAUCUUCUAAUAGUGAAGAAUAGCAUCUGCUAAGCUACUCUCAUAUUUUUGCUUUUGAUGUAUCUAAUGAUAUUCAUACCUCCUGUUUCUCUUUCCUUUUAUUUUUUAGUGUACAUAGGAAUCCUUGUUGACAUGCUAGAGCAGUCCUGUUGCAGGCUUAGUAUCUCCUGUGGCCUUUUUUCCCCCACGUUCUUUGCAUUUGUCGCUGUACAAUACUACUCUAAGUGUAAUAGGACUCAGUAACAGAAGGGAGAAAAAUGAGCUUUUUUAUGUGGAAGGACAAUUUACUUCGUAACACUGAGGAUGUCAACUCAAUGUAAAACGUAAUCAAACAUGAUGAUUCUUUUUCAUUUUAAAGUGAACGUUUUUGUAAACUUACCAUUUUUCCUCUUUUGUUGUUUUUAUUACGUUUUUCCUCUCGUGCUUUGCAAAGAACCACAACUGAAAUAUUUUCUUCCUUUAAGUGCAGUCUUUUACAAAUGUGGUAGAAAGACUCAUUCCAAGCAUCCUUUAAGUGCUACAUGCUCUUUAGGCAUUCACUGUCGUUCAGACGAAACUUCUUCAAGUCUAUUGAAUGUGAUUUGCACGCGUGCAGUCUGAUCCUUUGCUCACGCCUGUUUGAGGAAAGUGCAACUCUGUUGUUACACCAAGGUGAAACUGGUGUGGGGUCAAAGUCAGGGCCAUAUAAUUUUUGGGUGUUUAAUAUUCAACACAGCUCAUGAAGUUCGUUUUUACAUCUUCACAAUUGUUGCCUAGUAAGGCCUUAAACCUGCACUGGCUAAAACAAAAAAAUUCUCAAGGGCUGCUGGCAGGAUAGGUGUCUUAGUUCCUCCUAACCUUCAUUUGCAAGCGUGGCCAGGAAAAAAAAACAAACAACAAAAACUUAAUACAAUGAGUUGCCUUACAUUUCCCCUACUAUACAGUUGUAUUCUUUUGAUUUCUUUCCUUUCCCCUCACCCACAUUGAAGGCUGUGAUUGUUUUUGUUUUUCUUAAUUUUUUUGCACACUACCUAUACCGAUUAACUGCCUAAUUAGUUUUAUCUUCUCUACAUGGAUGCAGUGAAUUUGUAAGAGAAUUUCACAAGCAAGUAGUUUUUUAGUGAGUUUAAAGUAAAUAGAGUUUUAAAGACCUAUUUUUAUAUUCAAUAUAAAGCACAAAUGUGCAGAAAGUGUAGAAUGACUUACAAAAAGGGAAACAAAAGUUCGUAAUAUUUCAUGUAUAAAAGUAAUACCUUCUUUGGGUUGAGAUUCUCUUAGAAAACCCAAUACUUAUGCCAGUGCAAAGAUAGGAAUAUUUUAAAAACUCUUAGAAAAUUGUGAUUGACAGCAAUUUCAAAGGAAUGACUUCUGUAGAUACAAGGAAACCCCUAAAGCAAUAUGGAUAAGAAGGGGUGAAUGGUUUUCAAUGGUGAACAACAACCUGGAAGUGUGAGAAUGGAGGUUUCAAUCCUUAUUAAUUAAUCAAAUUUCUUCUUUUGUGGUUAGCUGCAGCGUCUGGAUUUUCUGUGAAGCGCAAUCUUGCAGGCUGAAAAAGCGCAAGGGCGCCAAACUUUGAAGUCUGGCGAAUACUCAGAAGGAGGUUUGAUUUAGAAUUAUAUGAUAUUACUAGGGCUUUGGAUUUUGGCAGUUCCCACUUCCGAGAAAAUCAAGACACCUAUUUACCUCUUGAAGAAAUUUGAUCAAAUAAUAAUGAUUAAUCCAGGAACUCCCAUUGUCACAAUUUGUUUUUGUUUCCAUCGUCCUGCUUAUCUCCAAAACCAACUUGCCUCAACUCCUGGCGAAGCCAGGGAGAAGAGUUAUAUGCCAUUGUUAGUUCAUUUACAAUUUGUAUCUGGUUUUGCUCUUGUACAUAUGUUGGCGUUUUGGAGUCUUUACAUAAAUGCUGUGAUACUUUUUUCUUCUUUCCUUUUAUUUUUUCGGUGGGCUGUUUUAAAAUGGAGGCCUGUUUUCCAGUGUGGGACUUUUGAUGGUUACAACAUUUCAAUGAUGUUGCAUGAUGGCCACAGGUGGGGGAAAUUGAAUGUUUUAGAGCAGUUUUUCAAGCAUGACACUUUUAAAAUAUGUAAUUUCAAAGACUUUUCAAGGCCACAUGAAAUUAGUUUUCAUAGCCACUCCAGGUCUUGGGGGGAAAAGCUGAAAAGUACUUUUGUUUAGAAGUCUGAGUGAUGGUGGGGGGGAAACCUUUUCUUGAGGUUUUUGCAUGCCAGUGCACGGCCUAUUGCUGUGAGAGAAGGAAGAUGGUAAGGCUGCUUGAGGCAAUGCACUGGAGGACAAAGUGUUUUCUAGCACUAGAAAAAGAAAAUGCAUGGCAAAGUUUUGUCUUCUAGUAGACUAUAUAGCAUGCAGAGUUUAGUAUGUGUCAAAACAGUGUAUGACAUUGCUGUAUCAAAGUUGUAAAAUUAAGCAUUAUUUAUUGAAAACUAUGUAUUUUUUUUGUAAAAACCUGAUCACCUAGAGGAUUAAUAUCAGUGACUUGUGCUAGUGCUACAAACUUAACCAGCUUCUUUACUACAGUACUUGAUAUGCAGUGUUAAUGCUCAGGGUUGAAACCAGUCCACUCCAAUGUCUUUUUUUGCAAGAGUUUUUAAAUAAAGGAACAACAUAAUGCAAUUGUUCAAAAGACUCUAAUAAAAUUGUGUGAUCAAUCUUC